CCAUGGCGCUUAAGAUCUUCUUCCCCAUUUGCUGCUCCUCGGCCGAGAGCGGCCUUCUGGUUGGGCGGUGGAUCCCGGAGCAGAACUGCGCCGUGAUUUUGGCCGUGGCCCACUUCCCGUUCAUCCCUGGACAGGUGAAGCAGUAUCUUGGCGAAGUGCGGCAUGCGACAGGGGUCGAGGUCUCCGUGCUGGGCUCCUGGACCUGCAGCAAGCCGACGGAGGAGGGGAAGAGCCUGGACCGGUUCCUCGAAGACCUGGGCGCCAUUUUCUCCCACGACCCCUGGAUCCAGCUCAGCAAGGAGCCGAGCAGCAAGUUCUGGAGCUGCGCCGCCGCACGGAGACGUCCCGGCGGCGGCGAGGGAGGUGAAACCAUCCUGGUCUAUUAUGACCAGCGCAAAACCAUGCUCUCCCGGCUGCACCCGCCGCGCGGCCCGGAGGCGGGAGAGGCCGCUUCUCCCCGGGACCUGGAAGUGGAGGACGCCUCUGAACUCGUGGCCGUGUUUGACACCGUCUCCCGGAGCAAGGUGCUCUUCGUGAAGGACAGAUACGAUGAGGGGCCCGUCAAGCUCACCCACUGGCAGUCGGACGGCGUGGAAGCCAGCAUCAUCGUGGAGCUGAUGAAGCAGGCCUCCGUACCUGCCUGCCUCCUGCUCACGUGCCUGCUUUCGCUGGUCUCCCGCCUCUGUCAAAGCAGAGCACUGACAUUUUGGCCUCUGUCCUUCAUCUGGAGCAAACUUUCGACUUGCCAGCAGCUGAGGCACCGGCUGCAGCACCUCCAAGACGUCAGCAGCACCAGGAAAGCCCCGGAUCAAGCCCAGCUGAUGAGAAAAGCCAACAUCUUUGUUUCCGUCCUCCUGGACGUGACCCUGGGAAUCCUGCUGAUGUCCUGGCUGUACCGGAAGAACCGGAUUGGUCAUCUCGCCAAUGCUCUCAUCCCGAUGGCUGAUCAUGUCGCCCAACAGCUUCAAGACCUCCUCCAGUGGCUGAUGGGCGUGCCGGCCGGCUUGAAGAUGAACCGGGCGCUGGACCAAGUCCUGGGGCGGUUUUUCCUCUACCACAUCCACUUGUGGAUCAGCUAUAUCCACCUGAUGUCUCCGUUCAUCGAGAUGAUCCUCUGGUAUGUCGGUCUGUCGGCCUGCCUCGGCCUGACCGUGGCCCUGUCCAUCCUCUCUGACAUCAUCGCCCUCUUGACUUUCCACAUCUACUGCUUUUACGUCUACGGAGCCAGGCUCUACUGCAUGAAGAUCUACGGCUUGUCUUCCCUGUGGCGCUUGUUCCGUGGGAAGAAGUGGAACGUCUUGAGGCAACGGGUCGACUCCUGCUCCUACGACUUAGACCAGCUGUUUAUCGGCACCCUCUUGUUUACCAUCCUGCUGUUCCUUCUGCCCACAACGGCCUUGUACUAUUUGGUUUUCACUUUGCUGCGUCUGCUGGUGGUGAUCGUGCAAGGCCUGACCCAUCUGCUGGUGGACCUCAUCAACUCGCUGCCGCUGUACUCCAUCCUGCUCCGUCUCUGCCGGCCCUACAGACUCGCCUCUGGCGUGAAGCUCAGAGUCCUCGAGCAGGAGGCCGGGAAACCUCUCCGACUUCUAAUGCAGAUCAAUCCCCUAAACUACGGCGCCGUGGUGCAGACCUACCGGCUCCCGACGUACAGCUGCUACCCCAAGGACUCGUGGGGCUCCCUGUGCAAGAAGCUGUUCGUGGGCGAGCUGAUCUACCCGUGGAAGCACAAAGGGGAGAAGCAGGACUGA